GACUUUGUUCACUGAACUAACUUAUAAUCCAACGAUAUAGUAAAGUGUACAAAUUUAUAUUGUAAGCAUCAUUAACUGCACAGUGGACUGAGCACAUUCAAACAGCAAGCAAAGUGUAAAUCAAUUAUGAACUUCUUGGGCUUUGGCCAAUCGGCGGACAUUGAGAUUGAGUGCGAUGGUGCGCAAAAGAGAAAAACCGCCGAUGUGAAGUGCGAGGAUGGCAAAGUGGAAAAGAUGCUGCUCUACUAUGACGGCGAAACAGUGUGCGGCAAGGUGAACGUCAUUUUGAAGAAACCGGGCAGCAAGCUGGAGCAUCAGGGCAUUAAGAUUGAGUUCAUUGGACAAAUCGAACUGUUCUACGACAGAGGCAAUCACCAUGAGUUCAAGUGCCUGGCCAAGGCGCUGGCACGCCCCGGAGAUCUCUUGCAUAGCAACACGUAUCCCUUUGACUUCCCCAAUGUGGAGAAACAGUUCGAGGUGUAUGUGGGUGCCAAUGUGCGGCUACGUUAUUUUUUGCGUGCCACCAUCGUGAGACGCAUCAGUGACAUUGUGCGUGAAGUGGAUUUGGCUGUGCACACGCUCUGCAGUUAUCCGGAGCUGAGCCAGCCCAUCAAGAUGGAGGUGGGCAUCGAGGAUUGCCUGCACAUCGAGUUCGAGAACAACAAGAGCAAGUAUCAUCUGAAGGACACAAUCAUUGGCAAAAUCUACUUCCUGCUGGUGCGCAUCAAAAUCAAGCACAUGGAGAUUGCAAUCAUUAAGCGCGAAUCCACCGGCUCCGGGCCCAAUAUAUUCAAUGAGAACGAGACCAUUGCCAAGUAUGAAAUCAUGGAUGGUGCUCCAGUUAGAGGCGAGAGCAUUCCCAUACGCGUAUUCCUCGCUGGCUACAAUUUGACGCCCACGAUGCGUGACGUCAACAAGAAGUUCUCGGUCAAGUAUUUUCUUAAUCUGGUGCUAAUGGAUACCGAAGAUCGACGCUACUUCAAGCAGCAAGAGAUUACGCUUUGGCGCAAGGCGGACAAGCCGCGCUACUAUGUGCCCCAGCAGCAGCAAUCCCAGCCCAAUCAGCAGCAUGUGCCGCUGCAUGCGCCGCCGCAUUUGGUCAGCGGUCCAGCUGCGCCCACCGUUGCCCACUCGCUCAUGAGCAGCAACAUCGACAGCGAGAGCGCUGCACCCAACGAAUCCAAGAUGGGUCUGUUUACGCGCGAGAGUCCCAACCAGGAAUUCAGCCAGCAACAAAUUGAUUCCCCACCACUGAUCCCCACUGAACAACGUGAACGUGGCAUGGGCGAUGGCGCGGCGGCGGCAAUCAUAACCAUAACUUAUGCCACUCCAGUUGCUAUGUUAGCCAGCUCACCACCGUCGUUGCCUAGCGCCAGCGUCAGCGUCACAACUGAGAGCAGCGAGCAGCCGCCGCCUCUAUUACAAUCGCCCGCUGGCGGCUUGCUAUUGGACUUGGAGCACAGUGCACAUCUCAACGACGUGGCGCUGCUACUGCCAUCGCCGCCAGCAGCAGCUGUCGCUGGCAAAAAGGCAAAGACUGCGCCGCUGAGUGCAAAUUGAGCGUCAGCAAUACGAAUUUCUAGUAUUAACAUUUAAAUACAUUAACAUAUAUGUGUGUAUGUGUGACGGAAUGACAGUAUGUUAGCUUAUAAGCUCAUGUUAAGUUCAAGCACUGUUAUGCUAUUUAACAGAAUGUGUUAAUUUUAAAAAGUUCGCAGAGAGUCGAGAGCAUCGAGAGGACACAGAGA